AGGCCCACCCAGAGCACCCAGUAACCAAAACCAGACAAGAACUCAGCAGAAAAUGGAUGAGCUUCUAGAAGAGGGUUCCUCUGAAUCCUUGGGACCUCAAAGCACAGCCAUACCCCCAAAUGUUGGUCCAACUAACAACCUUGAAGAAGACAACCAGGAGAACCAGUCCAAAGAGGAUGAAGAUGACCACACAGUCCACAGAAUAGCUGACCAAAUUAUCCACGCAGUAUAUAGCCAGCAUGAAGCCAUCAUAUCUGCUCAAGCUGACCACAGAGUAUCUGAAGACUCUGGGUAUACAGUGCAUGAUCAAUAUGACCAAAAAUCAUCUGACUCAACUGAUGACAAGACAUCCAGCCAAGCUAAUGGUAUAGCAUAUAGACAGGUUGAACAUGGGGUACCUGAUCUAACUGAUAGAACUGCUGAACAGGUGGACCGCAGGUUGUCCAAUCAGGCUGGUGGAAGAGCUUCUGAGCAGGUGAACCGUAGAUCAUCCAACCAGCCUGAUAGAAGAGCCUCUGAGCAGGUAGACCACAGAGGGUCCAGCCAAGCUGGCAGAAGAGCUUCUGAGCCAGUAGGGCACAAGUUAUCCAGCCAGGCUAAUAAAAGAGCUUUGGGGCAAGUGGACUACAGCCAGGCUGACAGAAGAGUUUCUGAACAGGUGGGCCACAAGUUAUCUGGUCAGGCUGAUAAAAGAGGCUCUGAGCAGGUGGACCACGGACUGUCUACCCAAGUCAGAGGAUUAGCUUCUCAGCAGAUUGAUGACACAUUGUCCAUGCCACCCAAUAAAGGAGCAUCUGAGAAUGAUCAACACAGAAUAUCUGACCAAAAAACUUCUGAACAGAUUGACUUCAAACUGUCUAGCCUAGCUGAGAGAACUGAGAAAGCUGACCUGAUCUUGUCUGACCAAGAUGAACCUAGAACGGCUAUACAGUACUACCAAGCCACUAAACCAACUGAACAGCAAGAUAUCUACCAAGCUGACAUCAGUACAGAUAAGUUGAUGGUUGGUAGAGGUCCCUAUAGUGAAGAAUACCAGGUUAACAAUUUCACAGGUAAACAAGCUGACCAAAAAGAAAACUCCCUAUCCUACCACAGAACAGGUGACCAGUCUGAGGAUAGAAUAUCUUCCCAAUUCAGCAACCAAGACAAACAGAAUGACUACAGCAUACAGCCCAGCAAAUUUGAGCCUAGUCAAUUGCAAGACCACAAACCCAAGCUUUCUAUGACAACAGAAAGUCAAAGUCCAACCACCAGCCAAGCCUUCACUGAUGAUGCCAGAGUCACCAGUAAUCUCCAAGGAAAAGACCAAGCCUUUUACUCAAAACUUCCCGCUGUCUUGUCCAUCUUGGACCCUAACACCAGUCAAAGAAAAACUCAAGCCACAGAAAUUAAACCUUUUCAGGAUGAUUUUUCAGAAUUCGAGCAAGAAAAUACUUCUCAUACACAGAAGCAGGGGGAAACUCCCAGGGGGAGUUUCCCUCCUAUAGUUUAUGAAGAUCCAUACCAGGUGUCACUCCAGUACAUGGAGGAACACAACAUCCUGCAAAUAUUCCAGCAGAUCACUGAAAACUUAGUCUUUGAAAAGCCACAGGACCCUUUGCAUUUUAUGCUGUGCCAGGUACAGAAAAUGAUAAAAAAUAGAGGCAAAAAGUGAAACCUACAAAGAAUGAAUCUCUCUUCAGUAUUGUUUAUAAUCAUCAACAACAAUACUAUGCUCUGCUUCACAGUCUGAAAACAGUUUUUGAAUAGAUGUUGGUGAUAAGACCCUUCUAUCGACUCUGAGCUUGCAAAUCCAAGUGAAAGCAUCAGUGAACCCAUGGGAGAAGUUUAAGUGACAUUACUAAAAUUAUAACUUAUCAUCAUCACCACCACAGCCGCACCUGAUCCUCACCAAAACUGCCCCACCUACAAAAUCACUAUGGAGACAAGUCAUACUCCAGAAAUGACACUGGACCUGCAGAACCGCAUAUGGAAGAUUUGUGACAAUUUUCAUAUGAAAAUAGUGGGGAUAAUUGUCCAACCGCACAUUAGUCAAAUAAAUUGUGGCACAUCCAUGCA